AGCGGGUCCCGUUCCGUUUUGUUCACGGUUGUUGGCACGAGAGCCUGCUUUACUUGCCACUGCCGCGCUCCCUCGGCAAGCAAGCAAGCCGAGAUUCGAUUCCCCGCGCUCCCCCUCCUCCCGGGCUGCGGCGCAACCACCAACCACCACCACCACCACCAUCCCCCGUCCCGAGAUCACGAGACCACACCGCGCACGGACGGAUUCCCAUCCCGCUCGCUCCCUCACCUCGAGAUCUGAGCCGAGGCAAGCCGCGGUCUGCUCUGCUCCGCGCUCCCAUGCGGCUAGCGGGAGCAGCGGCGCCGGCGAGCCGGUGGUAGUACUAGUACCGUGGGAGCCUGCACGCUUCCUUGGGGAAGAAUGAGGCCCCGGAGGCACUCGUACGGCCGGGGCGGAAGGAGCGCGGCGGCGGUGGUGCUGCUGGUGCUGUGCCUCUGCGUCACCGGCGUGUUCCUGCUGCUGCUGCACGGCUCCUCCCCGCCCCUGGAGGCGAAGGAGGAAGAGGAGGCGGCCGCGGCGGGGGGAGAGAGGAAGCAGGCGGUGGUGGUCCAGGCGGAGGUCGAGGAGGCGCCGCUGCCGCCGGGGAACUCCAGGGUCGCGUUCCUCUUCAUCGCCCGCAACCGCCUCCCGCUCGACCUCGUCUGGGACGCAUUCUUCCGUCUGCAUUGUAAUUGCUGUGUCGAUCAGGGUGACAACGAGGGGAGGUUCUCCAUCUACGUGCACUCGCGGCCGGGCUUCGUGCUCACCCGCGCCACCACCCGCUCCCGCUUCUUCUACAACCGCCAGGUCAACAACAGCGUCCAGGUGGACUGGGGGGAGGCGAGCAUGAUCGAGGCCGAGCGCAUCCUUCUCAGCCACGCCCUCAAGGACCCCUUCAACGAGCGCUUCGUUUUCGUGUCCGACAGCUGUGUACCGUUAUACAACUUCAACUACACUCAUGACUAUAUAAUGUCUGCAUCAACCAGCUUUGUCGACAGUUUUGCCGAUACAAAACAGGGCAGGUACAAUCCACGAAUGGACCCAAUUAUCCCAGUGGAAAAUUGGAGAAAAGGCUCACAGUGGGCGGUGUUAAUUAAAAAGCAUGCUGAAGUUGUGGUUUAUGAUGAUGUGGUGUUGCCAGAAUUCCGGAAGCAUUGCAGGAGAAGGCCCUUACCAGAGUUCUGGCGAGACUGGGAUAAACCUAUUCCUGCCGAGGCAUGGAAGGCACAUAACUGCAUACCAGAUGAGCACUAUGUUCAAACGUUGCUUGCACAAAAUGGUCUCGAAGAAGAACUGACACGGAGAUCAGUUACACACAGUGCUUGGGAUCUAUCAUCUUCUAAAGACCGUGAAAGGCGUGGAUGGCAUCCUGUAACAUACAAAGUCUCUGAUGCUACUCCUGCACUUAUAAAAUCCAUUAAGGAUAUUGAUAAUAUAUACUAUGAGACUGAAUAUAGAAAGGAGUGGUGUACAAGUAAUGAGAAGCCUGCACCUUGCUUCCUUUUUGCAAGGAAGUUUACACGUGGAGCUGGUCUGAAGCUUCUUAACUCGUCAUUUAUAGCAGCAAAAUGAUUAAUAUAGUCCAAGGGGCAUCUGCCAUGUAUUUGCUUAUACCUAAAGGAAACGGGGUGGAGGAGACAGAAGAUAACAGCAAUUUUUGUGUCUUAGUUACUGUUUGUUGCACUCUGGAAAGUGCAGUAGGUGUUGUAAAGUGAUACUUUGCUUCAUUUAGCACCUAGGUUAGUACACAUAUUAGGUCACAGCUCAACAGUGUAACUGGAAUUGUCAGCCACGACUCACAGUUGGAUCUGUAAGAACCACUUGAGAGUUCUAUUCUUGAGAAAAUCGUUCUGCAAGCCGUUGUUUAUUACAGCCUGUGCAUUCUUUCUGUAUACGAAAUGCGGUGUUAUUUGGUGCUUUGAAUGCAAAUUGAAUAUACUGAACUCCAUGGUUCA